CAAACACCAUCAUCACACACCAUCACCACCUCCUCCUCCAACAUCGCACCGUCAGCAGCACGCCCGCACAGUUCCCCAUACGCGCGGUUCUUCAGAGACUUGAACUCCUCAUCUGCUCUCUCCCUCCUGCGACGACAACCACCCACCACCACCCACCGACACACACGCCCAACCAUGUCGACGAUACAGGAAAUCACCUCGGAAGAGGACUGGCGCGCGCACGUGGCCUCGCUGUCCAAGAAGACGCUGCUCGUCAUCUCGUUCCACGCGCCCUGGGCCGCCCCCUGCACCCAGAUGAACGCCGUCCUCAAGGCCCUGGCCGCCGAGUACCCCGUCUCCAACGAGAACCCCACGAGCUGGGUCUCCCUCAACGCCGAGGAGCUCAGCGACAUCUCCGAGACGUACGACGUCACCGCCGUCCCGUUCCUCGUCCUCCAGCGCGACGACCAGAUCCUCGAGACCGUCAGCGGCAGCAGCGCCGUCAAAGUCCGCGCCGCCAUCGAGGCGCACGCCAAGCCUUCCUCUUCCACAUCAGCCACACAACAAUCGACGACAUCUUCCUCAAAUCAGGCGGCAGCGGCAGCGGCAGCGGCAAACGGGUCCUCAGCACAAACACCACAAGUUGACGCCCCCGCCGCCGAGGCCGACCCGGCCAAGGCCAAGGAGGAGCUGUGGAAGAAGCUCGGCGAGCUGGUCAAGGCCGCGCCCGUCAUGCUCUUCAUGAAGGGCACCCCCAGCAGCCCGCAGUGCGGCUUCUCGCGGCAGCUCGUCGCCCUCCUGCGCGAGCGCUCCGUAAAGUACGGCUUCUUCAACAUUCUCGCCGAUGACGAGGUCCGCCAGGGCCUCAAGGAGUUUGCCGACUGGCCCACGUACCCGCAGCUGUGGAUGGACGGGGAUCUCGUCGGGGGGCUGGACAUUAUCAAGGAGGAACUCGAAACCGACCCAGACUUCUUCAAAGCGCACAGCGUCGCCAAGGAGGAGACCACCGCCGCCUAGAAGGAAUAAAAACAAAAAGGAAAAAACGGAAAAUCAACAACCACCAGCACACAUUGGUGGCGAACAGGGGGCAUUUCAAAGUCAAGAGCUGGAAAUUUUCUGGGCAAGAAAAGGGUAUGAUAAUCGAGACACAGAUGUGUACCCGGGCAAGACACGCAGCCAGAGGUCGGGAACAUGAGUUUCAAGAGGUUCAGUCAGGUAAAGUGUGGGGAAAGCCAGGAUAAUCAAUCCAGACUGUAGGACGCGCGUGGAGAAACGAGGAUGUUGCUGUAAGGAGCAGAUAUGCAUUCAGGACCAAGGCCAAAAGAGCAACCAAAAAAAAAAGAUGCAAACACAAUCGCGGAAGUCCAGAACUAUUAGUCCUGCACAGAUUGCUAUUCUGUGGGCUACUGUCGUCUUUGUCUGAAGACCAUCCGAGAAGUAUUGCGCAGUUCGUUGCUUGCCCUCCAGGCAGUGUUUGGUCUCUCCAGCAGAUUAUGAGCACACGAGCAUCGUUCAU